AUGUUAUUUAUAAUCCUAGUUACAUCACUGUCAAUUUUAGUGGCGUUGUUCUACAUAAAGUGGUUGAAAGUGAGGAGCUACUGGGCCGAGCGCGGGGUCCCGUUUGUUCCGCCCAAUCCUUUUGUGGGUAACCUUACUUUCUUACAGAGGAAAAAUCCCUCAAUAUGGAUGCGCGACGUAUACACGCGGUACCGCGGCCCCUAUGUCGGCAUGUGGCUGUUCUGGCGGCCGGCCCUCAUCAUCAACAGCCCCGAGCUGGCCCGCAAUAUCCUGGUGCGAGACUCCGGGAACUUCCGGAACAAGUUCAUGACUGCGAGCUCCAAGGAUCCUAUUGGUUCACUCAACUUGUUAUUCUUGAAGGAUCCAGCCUGGUCAAAUCUUCGUCGUCGCCUCACCGUGUCCUUCACAUCGGCCAAGCUAAAGAGCGUGCGAGCUGUCGCCGUUACCAAGUCCCAAGAUCUGGUAAAGCGGAUCCAAAACGACGCGGCCACUCUUUUGCAGAAGAUGUUUGCGGACUACACAACGGAUCUCUUCAGCAUAACCGCCUUCGAGCUGGCGAGCGACGCGACGCUGACGAGCGAGGGCGCAAUACGCGAAAUCACCAGAGACAUCAUGAGGUUCUCGCUCUAUCGCGGCAUAUCGUGGUGUUCGGCAUUCUUUUGGCCGGAGCUGGCUGAGUUGCUCGGGCUUCCCAUUGUACCGAAGAAAUCGUCUCAAAGCCUACGGAACAUCUUCAAGGUUAUCUUCAAACACAAACACGUGGAUCUGAACAAGGAGCCAUGGACACUGUUGGAUGUGCUGAUGCAGCUGAAGAAGAGAAGUGAGGAAGAGGGCAAUGCAUACUCUGAGGACUUCAUCAUUGCCCAAGCGGUGGUGAUGCUGAUUGGAGGGUUCGAAACUUCCUCCGCCACGCUCACUUACAUCAUCUACCAGCUGACUCACUCUCCUGACGUCCAGGAAAAGUUAUAUCAAGAACUUUUGGAAGCGAAGGAGAAACAUGGCUACAAACUGGACGCCAUAGUUGCAGAAUCUACCUACAUGGACUGUAUUAUUAAAGAGACCCUCCGAAUAUUCCCACCCAUGGCCUGGUUGGACAGAGUGGCCUUGGAGGACUACAAAGUGGAUGAUAACCUCACCAUCCCCGCUGGUAUGCCGAUCUACGUGAACGGAGUAGGCAUGCAGGUGGACCCGCAGUACUACGACGACCCUUACACCUUCGACCCAGAGCGGUUCUCGGCCGAGAAUGAGAAGAACAUCCCCGCGUAUACCUUCAUGCCGUUUGGUGAUGGACCUAGGGCUUGUAUAGGGAGGCGUUUCGCAAUAGUCGCCCUGAAGCACGCCAUGGCAGCCAUCUCACUGAACUACAGGGUAGAGCCCUGUCCGGGGAGCCCCAAGCCGAUGGACGCAGAGAUCGAGAAGAGAGGACUGUUCCUGAUGCCGGGAGAGGACCUGAAAGUUAACUUUAUACUGAGAGAAUAA